UUUUGCUCCUCCAGCACACACACGCGCGCGCGCUCCGCUGCUGCGCAUUCCCCAUCAGCAGCUAAAAACGUGGAGGGAAACGGAGCCGCGUCGCGUCCAAAACGCACCGAUUUGACUGUUCGCGAUUCAGUUUAUCAAACAUGACGGUUUUACCGGACAGAGCGACAGACACGAGCAGCUGAUCUGGGGUGGAAUUCACGUUUUCUUCGAGUUAAAAACUGGGACAGCGAGUACGGAGACGACGCGACCGCUGUUGCAACUUUGUUGUAAUCAGUACGCGUGUUUUGGUAACGGUUGCCUCUUUAUAGACAAACUUGUACCCCGGAUCAUUUGAAACUGUUUGUAUGUAGACAUACAGAUCUGAAAUUACGCGCGAGUUCAGUUCGGACAUUACAAGGUUUUUAUUUGUUGCUCAGGACAAGAGGAUACGGCGCUUCACGUCUGGAGUUGAGUUCGCAAACUUUGUUGCAGGGAUACUGAUGAAACUCUCGUGCCUUUGUGCGAUCGCUUCUUACUAGUAAUCAUGGACAACUUGGAUUUAAUCUCAUGCGUCAAGGAUUAUUUCUGAAACCUCAAGAUCUCGUGUUUACAUCGUGCGUGUGCGCGUUUCAUGCAUUGAGCGGACCGCAGCAUUCUGUUGCGCUUCGGAGAGACUCGCCUGGUAACGCAAACUCUUAAUUUUGUUGCCGUUGCGAGAAAAUCGCAACCAUGCCGCAGCUAAACGGAGGUGGGGGAGAUGAGUUGGGGGCGAACGAUGAAAUGAUCUCGUUCAAGGAUGAGGGCGAGCAAGAAGACAAAAUCUGCGAAAACGUGUCAGCCGAACGAGAUCUGGACGAUGUGAAGUCGUCUUUAGUCAACGAGUCGGAAAACAACAGCAGUUCGUCCGAUUCUGAGCAAAGCGAAAGGCGCCCUCAACCGAGAGCUGACAUUGAAGCUUACGAGAAAGCCCGGGAGUAUUUUAGCGAAGCUUUGAGAAGACAGCAAGAUGGGGGAUUUUUUAAGAGCCCACAUUAUCCAGGCUACCCGUUUUUAAUGAUCCCAGAUCUUGCCAAUCCUUACAUAGCCAACGGCGCCUUGUCUCCCAGCGCGAGGACGUAUCUACAGAUGAAAUGGCCUCUACUGGAUGUUCCAGGCACAGCAGCACUCAAAGAUUCACGAUCACCAACACCUGGACACUUAUCUAAUAAGGUGCCAGUGGUCCAGCAUCCUCACAUGCACCCCCUGACCCCCCUCAUCACCUACAGCAAUGAACACUUUUCUCAAGGGACUCCUCCAUCUCACCUCUCACCAGAGAUACUUGACCCAAAGACAGGUAUUCCACGGACACCCCACCCAGCAGAGCUAUCCCCUUAUUACCCCCUUUCCCCUGGAGCCAUGGGGCAGAUCCCUCACCCUUUGGGGUGGCUCGUUCCUCAGCAGGGUCAACACAUGUACCCCAUCACUGCUGGAGGUUUUCGGCACCCUUACCCAGCUCUUGCCAUGAACGCAUCCAUGUCCAGUUUGGUAUCCAGUCGCUUUUCUCCGCAUAUGGUUCAUCCUCACAGUAUUCAUCAGACAGGAAUCCCACACCCGGCCAUAGUCUCCCCAGCUAUAAAACAAGAACCCAACGGAGACCUCAGUCCAUCAGCUCACACGAAGUCUCCAGGCCCAACUAAAAAGGAAGAGGAUAAGAGACCACACAUAAAGAAACCUCUAAAUGCCUUCAUGCUGUAUAUGAAAGAGAUGAGGGCUAAAGUGGUGGCCGAAUGCACGCUGAAAGAAAGCGCCGCUAUUAAUCAGAUCCUGGGUCGCAGGUGGCAUUCGCUAUCUCGAGAGGAACAGGCCAAAUAUUACGAGCUGGCCAGGAAAGAGAGGCAGCUGCACUCUCAACUCUAUCCUGGCUGGUCUGCCCGAGAUAACUAUGGUAAGCGGAAGAAGAGGAAGAGAGAUAAUAAGAGCGACUCAACACCAGAGGAUUUCUCAGCGCCAAAUAAGAAGCCGUGUGUGCAGUACCUCCCUCAGGAGAAAAUGAUUGACAGCCCCGCCUCCUCCCACGGCAGCAUGCUGGACUCUCCGGCCACGCCCUCUGCCGCCCUGGCCUCGCCCGCCGCUCCGGCCCCUACUCAUUCUGAGCAGGCUCAACCGCUGUCGCUCACCACCAAACCCGAUCGCCACCAGCACCCACCUCACUUCUCUCUUCUCUCCAGACCCUCUUCGUCAUCAUCCUCAUCAUCAUCAUCAUCUUCCUCCCAACCGAGCAUCUCUCUCCCCACCAGCUCCUCGGGCAGUCACUCCACUCCGCCUCUACUCUCUCGGCCACUUCCCUUCUCAUCCUUGCAUGCCUCCCUCCUGUCCCCGCCCUCUCCGUUCCAUCACGCUUCACUUCAAUCCCAUCACGCAUUGUUCCAGUCUCAGCCUCUCUCUUUAGUUACCAAAUCAGCCGACUAACUCAAUUCUCUUGCUUUUAAGUCUUUGAAAUAAUGCUGUAUAUUGCUUUUUACCUUUUGGAGAAAUAGAUGUCAGGUUAACUUUUUUGAUAAGUGAAAAGAAAAUAAAUAUUAUUGGUCAAUAUUUGAUCAUCCGCUUUUCAGUGUCUGUACAAAACAAUGUAUUUUUUGUAACGUCUACUUUGGAACUGGUUUCUUCUUUGAUGCAUUUAUCAGUAAACUUGUAUAAAGAAUAUGUGUAUUAAAAACGACUUUUAAAAGACGAGAAGGAACAAAAACUUUUAAGCUUGCCUGUAAUUAUUAUUAAUGGUAGUUUUGGAGUUUAAUUCAUAGUACUGGCAUUUUAUUAGACCUCUUUGCAACGACCCCCCUCUACCCCAGUUUUGAAGUGUGUGAACUUGAUAAAUAAAACUUGUAAAUUGUUUCUAAA